UGUGUGAGUGUGAGAGAGAGAAAGAGAGAGAGAGAAAUGUUCAUGAGUUCAUCCCACGUUCAACAGAAUGGCACCGGUCCAGAGCAUUCUCUCUCUCUCCUCCUUCCGUACUCCCGUGUACUUUCUUGUCUCAUUUUUCAUAUUUAUCGCUGUAAGAACUGUGUUUACAUGAGCAUUGAAGAAUUUGUCACUGCCAAUUGCAUCUCUCUGUUUUUGUCCCCCUGCCCCCCCUCACAUACUCUCUCUUUCUCUCUCUCUCAUAUACUCUCUCUUUCUCUCUCUCUCUCUCACAUACACUCUCUCUCUCUUUCUGUCACAUCUUAUCGUUCUCAAUGUCUAGGUCACCCCACUGCAUACACAUUGAUCAAGACUAAAGUACAGAAGGUGUGUGUUUGUGUGUGCUUCUGUGACCCAGUUAAUCCCCCCUCUCUCCUCACCCCUUUCCCAGGACCUCAGCCAGGGAGGCGAGAGAGAGCCGUGAAAGAGAGAGAGAGAGAGAAGAGGGAGAAGGGGAGGCAAAAAUGGGAGGAGCGAGGGAUAGAGAGGGAGGGAGAAAGGCAGAGGGAGAGGGAGGAGGGGCAGAGCAUUAAGAAUGCAUGUUGAGUUACACUGCAGACAGAACAAGGGAGACAGAGCAGAAGAGAGAAAGGAGAGAGAGAGGGGAGAGAGAGAGAGAGAGAAGAGGGGAGCAUACUAGACGGCUCUCUAGCUGCAGCAACUGCACCGUGGAGGAAUUGGCAUCUUGCUCUCUGUGCGUGUGAGUGUUUGUUCUUGUGUAUGUGUGUGUGUGUUUGAGUGUCUAUUUGGGUGUGUCUGGCGUGAGAUUUGAGACACCACCUGGCCCAGCGCUGGCUGUCUGCACAGCGGUCACCUCUGCCAAGCGCAUCACCGUGGGAACGGCGGGAGGGGGAAGACCAACAGAGGCACAAACAGAGGGAAGGAGGGAGGGAGGGAGCGAAUGAGUGAAACGAGUCAGCGUAGAGGAGAGAAAGACACUGAGAAAGUGGUGGAGGAGUAGAAGAGGAGGAGGAGAACAGAGGGUUGAGUUUUGUCUGGACUGACUCUCUUGUCUGCCGGCACGUUUGUCUGUGUGUGUGUACUAUGACCCACCACUAGCGCUGCUACAACUAUCGCCCUUGAGUCCACUUGCGUCCUUCCUCUCCUCUCCGUCCCUGCAUCCCUAUCCUCCACAUCGUCUUCCGCGUCCGUCCUCGCCCGGCGCUGGACAUGCAGACCGUUCCAGAGAAGUGGCGGGACACCCCGUCGGACCGAGUGGACGAGAAGGGGGCACCGGCGCCCUGGGAGGGACAGACGCUCUUCCAGAGAAACGGCACCGGAGCUCCUGCGAAGGGUGCGUCGGACGCCGCGUCCCCGGAGGAGGUGAGCGGGAAGGGGGCCGAGGCGGAGAGGGAGUCCCUGAUGAUGGAGCUGACCAGGCUGGUGCAGAGGACUGUGAAGGAGAGCAGCUGGUGGGAGAGGAGAGGCAUCGACUGUGCCAUCCUGGCCGCAGCGUUCCUGACCCUGCCCGUAGCCUUCUACCUCCUCAGCUCUUCUCAGGUGCUGCUGUUCGCUCUGGGGAUGCUGGUCAUGGGUGUCGCCCAUGGCAUCAUCACCAUCAAAGGGACCCACCUGGCCAGUCAUGGGUCACUUAGCGAGUCUCAAGCCUGGGGCGAGUUCUGGGCCGUCUUCUUCAUCGAGGUGUGCGGCUCAUUCACGGCCCGAACAGGUGUCCAGGCUCACAUUAAGAUGCAUCACGCGCACACCAACGUCAUCGGCCUGGGCGACUCCAGCACCUGGAAGGCACCCUUCCUCCCGCGGAGCAUCUACCUGUUCAUUGCCCCCCUGGCCAUGCCCAUCAUGACACCACUGGUGGCCUUAGGUCAGCUGAAAGACCACUCCCUGGCCCUGGCCUUGCGGACGGUGCUCAUGGUGGCCCUGGGCGUGUACUCUCAGUACUGGCUACUGCUGCAUGUGUCCGGUUUCCAGUCCCCGGCCAGCGCACUGCUCUGCAUGCUGGUGUGCAGGGCCAUGUUCUCCAUGCCCUACAUCCACGUCAAUAUCUUUCAGCACAUCGGGCUGCCCAUGUUCUCUCCGACGCGGCGGCCCAAGCGCAUCUACCAGAUGACCCACGGAGUGCUGAACCUCCCACGGAACCCACUGCUGGACUGGAUCUUUGGUCACUCCCUCAUCAACUGCCACGUGGAGCACCACCUCUUCCCCUUCCUCUCCGACAACAUGUGCCUAAAGGUGAAGCCCAUUGUCUCCAAGUACUUGAAAGAGAGGGAGCUGCCGUACCAGGAGGAUAGUUACGUCUCCCGUCUGCGCCUGUUCUUCCACCGGUACCAGGAGUUCAUGGUGUACGCGCCUCCCAUCACCGAGCUCGUCGGGGUGCAGUGACGGACUCCUGACGGGGAAUAGAGGAGGAGGAGGAGGAGGAGGAGGGAGGGAAGAAGAAGAAGAAGAAGAGGAAAGAAGAAGAGAGAGACUCUGUUUAUUCUGAAGCACAAUAACAAAUGCACACAGAGUGAGAAUGAAAGAGAGAGAGAGAGAGAGAGAGAGAGAGAGAAAAUGUCUCCCUCUCAUGGAAGGACCGGAGGUUACUAACACCAUUGGCCAGCUACAUUGCGUGUAAUUUAAUUAUCAAACAUAACAUUUCUGUUAAUCCCAUCGUGUAUUCACACAUACAUCCUUUAGCUCAGUGUUUCUCAAAGGGUGGUCCGGGGACCACUGGUGGUCCGCAAACUAUCCCAAGUGGUCCGCGAGCAGACGUGGUAAAAUAUAAUAUAGAUCAGCUCUUUGCAAUAUUGAACAAACUUGUAUGUAAAUCCAAACAGUUCUGCAACACUGCCUAUGUAAGCUACACCAGUUAAAUCAUAUGAUUCCUCUGACACAAUAAGCAAGGUGCAAAGACAAUAAGCAAGGUGGUUCAGUGAGUAUACCUAUUGUGCAAUAUACUGUUGGAGUAGGUCUAGUGUUUUUUUUUUUUAGCUAGGUGGUCUGUGAUUUUUUUUUUAUUAUUAGUUUAGUGGUCAAAAAAAGUUUGAGAAACACUGCUUUAGUUGACCCAACAAACUGCACUUACAAAGCAGUGCACGUCAUACAGACAUUCAGGAGGAGGUUCAUAUAUCACAUAAUCAAGAUGAUUCUAUGCAAGAAAUAUGUAUGUUGAUAAUUCAAGGCAAUCAUAGUUCGUAGACAGCACAUAAUAGCUAUAUAAUGAGUAAAAUGGCCAUGGCAGUUGCUGUUGUGAAAGAUAUAUUGUGCUAGCCAACAAAAAGCCUGUGGAAUCCAUCUUACUUACAAAACUUACCCAUUUUUUUAUGCGUAAGUUUUGUAAAUAAGAUGGAUUCCAUAUAUGGAUGGAUUUUAUAGCACUUCUGUAGUUUAAUGACUAGGGAACAACUGUUACAUUAUAUUUUUAAUGGAAUUGCCAGUACACAGAAAUUACAUACACAUACUUUAUUUACACCAAUGUAGGUUAAUCCAUAGCAGCUUUGCACCAAACCAAAGUCCUUUUAAGCAAGUCCCUCCACUCGGCGGCCAUAUUGCAACGCAGUCGUAGGGCAUCCAUUUCGACAGAAAUGUGCGUGCGCAAGGCUUCACGACACCAAUCUUGCUCCAGUGGC